UCGUUUAGUUUCGCAGCUAACUUUGGACUGGUGUGAAGGCCAAGCCUAGAGAUAAUCUUCAAUAUGCAAUCAGAGCGUCGUCCACUUGCCGCACUGUGCUUGGGAAUAUUGCUGUGCUGCCUGCUCAGCCGGCAGAGCGAAGGCUUCCCCCCGAAGGUCGAAAAUAGCAUUCCGAUGACCAAGCCCCAGAUGCAGACAGAUGAGGGGCAGUUGCAGAAUACGGGUAUGGAUGUGAAUCCUAUACUGCAGACUAUUUUUGAUGUGCCAAAAAUGUGUCCAGAGGGCUUUAAGCUAACCAGUGAUCGGCAACGAUGCCGAAAAAUUGCCUAGAAAGGCACUCAGACUUUGGCGAGUACCUUUUGCUGAUAUCUGACUGCCGCAAAUGUGUUUUGUGAAUCAAGAACGAAUAAUAAAAAGACUGUGAAAUUGCAAA